CUAGCUAUAUCUACAAUUUCCUUGCCUUUCCAUUUGCAUCAUCAUGAAUUGUUUUCAAUUCAUUUAUUUUCUAAUGCUUAUUAGCACAGCAUUGGCGGCCUUCAACAAAGUUAUCAGAGCACCUCAAUGCCUUUUUAUGGCCGAUGCUGGUCUAUGCGAUGCUAAAAUUCGUGUUUUCGGCUAUGACUACGUAAGCAAUCGCUGUGUACACUUCUACUACACUGGCUGCGGAGGUAAUCCAAAUCGUUUUGCGACAAGACGCGAAUGCAUGGACACGUGCUAUGUGCAGAAUGCAGACGGUCACGAUCCUAUAGAAGAGGCAACUUUUGAUCUGUUCUACAAAGAUGAAUUAUAAAUUGCAAUUUUUAAUUAUAUAAAAAAUAAUAAU